CAUUUUAGCUUCUUAAGGAGAAUGGUAGACUUUGUUAAGCGUUGUCACAAUUUUCAACUAAGGGUGUAAAACUUGCUCUCGACGUUCUUAUACUUACAAAUUUGCAAUAUGGACGUGGAAGAAUCACGAACCCAAGGUCAAAAAAAGCAAAACAACGUUCUCCCUCAUUGGGGAAACGAAAAAACCAUGAAUCUGAACAGUAUGAUUCUAACAAAUGUGCUGUCGUCGCCGUACUUCAAGAACGAACUUUUCCAGCUGAAAACCUAUCAUGAAGUGGUUGAUGAAAUUUACUACAAGGUAAGAACGGAGAAAGGUCGACGGAGAAUUGAAGGACACAAUUGCAACCGUGGACUCGUCACUCUCGACACGUAAGAAUAUAGUGGAAGCUAUGAGCUACAGUACAUAAUUUUACUGUGUUUUACUAGAAUUACGGCUUUUAAUACUCCUGUACUCUAGCUGUAGUUUUUCAUUUAUUUUUAAGGAAUUUCACCCAAUGAAUCCUCCCAAAGGCGACUUAUUUUAUCAUGGCUUUUGACAUUUUUUCGCGAUCUCUCCAAUUCAGAUGCCUUGGUUUUUUUUGUCGCAGACAGGCACAUCUGUCUACUGUUUUGUGGGUUAGUUAAAGUCGUUUUAGCAUUGAUUAAUAAAGUUCAACAUACAGAUAGAGAAAAGAACCUUUCAUAAUGAAAGAAUCCCAUGCUAAACAGAAAUCGGGAUCUGUGAUUAAAAUCAGGUUUAUUUCAUAGCACCAAGUCUGCAUAUUUGGCAUGGGUAGACACUAGUUUUUCCCUACUGUUCAUUGCAGCCAAAAAUGAAGAUGCUGAGGUCAUUUCAUCUACAUCUGUUUUUGUGCAAACCUUUUUCCAUUACCCUCUGUUAACUGUUUAGAGACCAGCAGAGGUGAAUUGUCCUCCCUAGUUAGCCAGCUUUGAAUAUUACAAUGUACAUGUGAAGAGCAUUGUGUUGCUACAAGGAUGAUUUUGAGGCACUAGUAUUAAGCAAUUGUUACAUUCUUUUCCUUUUCCUGCACAAGGCGAUGUUUUAAGUCUGGUUUACUGAAAGAUACUGGGAGAAAUACAAGCACAAUUAUACCAGCAUAGCAUUUUGUCAUAGGCUUGCAAUCUUUAAACAUAUAUUUAAAAUGAUACGGUUUGUUGUUUCAUGUGUGCUUGAAAACUGUAGCUUCUUCCAAGUUGAUAUAUGUUUGUGAGCUUAAAUAUGUGUCAUUUUGGUAAAAUAAGAGGAGGAAAAUACUUCAUCCUUGUGCUUGAGCUUGUAUUCAAUUGUACCUUGUUUUCAUGCUUAAAUAGGAGCCGUUAUUGUUGAGCUUGAGUCAAUGCUCCUUUAAGCUUUGCAGCAGCAAUGUUAAUUUCCACAUCAUUUGAUGAGGAAUGAUAAGCAAAUGGGUUUGUAUGAUAUUUCAACUCUUUGGAAACCAGUGCUAUUUGUAAAACUUUUGUGUAUUAUUUGUGAAACUUUUGCAUAUUAUUUCUAAAGGUGGACCACCUGGAACCAUGGGAGAAAGGCAGCAGAAAAACAUCUGGACAAGUUGGAAUGUGUGGAGGGGUUAGAUCAUAAAUACACUUGUAUCAUACAUUUUCAUGCUUGUAAUCCCUUUAACUCCCAAGAUCUGAGUGUUAACCCUUUAACUCCCUAAAACAUGUAACUUCUCCCUAUAAUAUACAUAUAUUAUCAUUAUCCCACAAGCAGGUAAUGAGAAUACCUAAACUUAUCAGGUGCAAGUUUUUGUCUUGAUCUAAAACCAAACACUUGUCACUAAUUUACAAGGAAAUCUGUAGAAAGUGUAGGGAGAAUUAAGAAUUACAUCUUGGGAGUUAAAGGAUUAACUCUCUCCCCUUGCUGCUACACAUUUCCUAACAAUAAGUUAUGAGAAUUUGGCAUUGAAUCAAAGUAGCAACUUUUACAUGAUAAGUUAGAGUAUUCUCAUCACCAGUGUGCUUGAUAAUCUGUGGAUGCUAUAGGGUGAAGAUACAUGUUUUUCACUUCAGGGAGUGAAAGGAUUAAGGAAGUUGGAUAAUGUCACAGACCUGUGUAUUUUCAUUUUUAUCUAUAUAGUUUUUAUUUGAACAGGAAGCAAAUCUGGCAGCAUAAAAUGAUUAUUUAAGGAAGUUGUCUUUUUUCAAGUAGAUAUGUUUUUCACCCCCUGAUAUUUCCUGGUAUUUACAGGCUUGAUGUUUGUAUGCAAAACAAAGAUGAUAUAAUAUUUGGGCCAAAAAUGUUAUGUUGUAGGAAAAGUUGAUGAUUUACUUGGGGACUUCAGCUUUGGUAUUAAGUUGUCUUUUUCUUUGAAAAAAGUUAAACAUUCAAGUAUUUGUUGUAUGCACAGAUUUUAGUUUUUAAUUAUUUUCUGCUUCAUUUCUUUGCUCUUUUAGGUUCGAGGAGUUGGUGCUGGUGGGAUUGUAUCAACAUCAUUCUGUCUCCUGUACAAGUUGUUCACAUUAAAACUAACUCGCAAACAGCUCAAUGGUUUGAUAACACAUGUGGACUCACCUUACAUCAGAGCAUUGGGUUUCAUGUUUAUCAGGUAGGUGAAACCUGUUAGUAUGCCUCCACAUAGGUAUCAUAUUCACUCUUUGUGGUUUAUUUUAUGAUCAGCUUUCCUAUUUAGACUGUACAUUACCACAUUUAACCCUUUAACCCCUAAGAGUGACUAGCAUAUAAUUUCUCCUUACAAUAUCACUCCUGAAUCAAACCUUCUGGAGAUGAGAAUAAAGGAAAUGGUCACCAACUAGAGAAGCUCUGGAUUAUGAAACAAAUUCUCCUCAACAGCACCUUAGGGAAUGUAUAGGGAACAGUAUGGAGAAUAUGCAUACUGAUGUUACGGUGGAAAUGGUCAAAGAGGACAAAUUAUGACUUGCACAAUCCUAGAACUACAGCUGAGAGUAUGAAAUCCAGCUUGGCUUUUAGCAAUGAAUUAAACUGUAGCUUAUAGCUUGUUUAGGGGCUUUGCUUAGGGAAUGGUUCUUGUCUUGGAUUAAUGUGCAAGAUUUUUUUCAUCCUGGAAAGCACAACUUUUUUAAUUAUGUACAGAAAACAAGGAAAGUACAAUAUGGCCAAAUUUCACUUAGAUACUUUUCUCUGUUAUGUAAUCAUACACUACAACUCACAGGUGCAGGGACAGGUGGGCUUUAUUUUUUCCUCUCAUAUCCUUGUAUCAGUUUUAUACCAGUUGUAUAUUGUUACAAUCUUUUAGAUACUGCCAACCUCCUGCCAAGCUUUGGGAAUGGAUGGAACCAUACCUAGAAGAUGAGGAGGUUAGUUACUGGUAACUAAAUAUUUGAGAAGUUCUGAUUUGCUUUAUUUUGCCAAUCCAACAGCUAAAAAAUUAAUGCCUGAAUGUCUAGCUUUCUCUGAAAAUUAUGCAAGUUAUCAUUUCUAAAUAUUUUUUGGUUGUUUCUUAUGCUUUUCUACUUCCAAAAUAAUUUUUUAAAUUAUAAUUUUGGAAAAUAUAUAUCAUUUUAGUGUACUUUUUCUCUUUUUUUUUCUCUUUCUUUUCUUUUUGUUUUGCCAUUAAACUUUUUUAUCCUAGUCAUAUAAUUUUUUUAAUACAUUGUUAAUAUUUACAUAUCAAUUAAGUGAUAGUCCUGCCAAUGACAUACUUUAAAUUAUAAAGAUGCAUGCACAUGUAGCUACGCUGUUUAUAACAUGGACUGUUACACACACAGCGAUGAGCCUUUUCAGCUUUUUGGCUGUGGAGCUACCUUACCUUGUGAAUGUUUUGUUAAUAUGGUAUUUGUAUGUGAUUAAGAGUGAGGCAAUAUCACUGAAAAUGAAACUUUCUAUAAUGUAAGAGCAAAGUUUUCAUUAGGUAGCACAAACAGAUUUAGCCAUGUGAAAUGUCAUCACACUCAUAGCACAAUACAGCAAAUUGUAAGAAAACAACAUUUCUUUUAAAUUAACAUCAUCUUGGGAAGGGAAUUCAUCCUUAAUUCUUAUACAUAACUAACCAGAUCUCUUCCUUGCCUUAUUAAAUGUAAAUACCAGCAGUUGAUGUGUAGGCAUGAAAUAUAUAAGAUUAUAUCAUUGAACACUGUUUGUGUUGAAUACAGAAAACAUAAAGGUACACUAUGCAUGUCAGACAUUGUUUAAGGGGGCAACAUAUGAGAGGACAAUGCUGUGUUUAAGUAGGUAAUCAAGCAGGCAGGUGUUUCAUGAAUUGUAACACCCAUCCCCCCCCCCUCCACCCUAAAAAAAAAAGAAAAAGAAAAAAAGGCCAUUGUGGGCUGUUAUAAACAUUUCUUAUGCUACUCUAGCAUUCCACAACUAAGUUUAAAGAGUUCUGUUGAAUACAGUGGUGAGAUUUUGCUUAUUUAUGUGUAAACAAAAGAAAACCAUCUAAUCGAGCCAUUGGACAAUUUAUUUUGCAACUCUCAGUUUUAUGUGGUGAGUUUGAACAAAAUUUCUCUGCCUGAUUUUCUGAUUGUUAUCACAUUUUACCUGUUGGAAGUAAGUUGUUGACAUGUGGUGUUGAUGUGUUUGUAGGUUGUUCUGUAAUGUACCUCUCUUAGGCAGCUCAUGACAGCUGUUGUUUCCAUACCAACUGCUGGCCUUCAGAUAUGGAACUGCUCCGAGCUGCCUGACAAGAGGUUAACAUGACACAAUAGUAGCUAUGGCCAACCUUGUGCUUUGUAGUUGGCAGUGUAGUCCAUAUUCAUGACACCAGACUUGAGUUCUAACUUUGGAGGAAUGCUCACUCCAAAUUGGGUUCCUUAGAAAAAAUGAAUGGGAAAAAAAAAAGAGAGAGAGAAAGAAGGAAAAAUAAUACAUUUCAGUUUUGAAGGAAAAUGAGAAGGAAAUUGUUGGUCGGUUUGAGUCCUCGUAAGUCAUGUUAUCUUAGGUUCGUUGGAUAAACGUCCUCUUUGUUUAAGUUUUUUGCCAUCUUUAAUAUAGCAGUCUAAAUCCUCUAUGUUUGGCUGUACUAGAAGUCAAUUGAAUCAAGGGGGUAAGUUUGUGAAAAAACUGUGGUGCUGUGUUGGUGGGAGAGUAUAACAAAGUAAUUUAGUGAGUUUAUAACGUUAAUUGGUCACCGUAAGGGGUUUCAAAGCUGACGUUUCGAGCGUCAGCCCUUCGUCAGAGCUAAUGGCGAAGGGCUAACGCUCGAAACGUCUGCUUUGAAUUUCUUAAUGGUGGCCAAUUACGUUAUCAACUCAGUUGAUAAUACCAAACUGCCUUGAACUAGAAGCCCUUAUGUUAGAGGCACAGCAUCUGCCAAAGUCUUCUGAAACCAAGUUCGUCUUUUGGCGAGAAAAUGAUGUAGUAUGGUUACAUCUUAACAAAGCAUAAGCGCUUGACCCAAUUUGCUAGUACACCUCGUAUGUAGAGCGUCAGUCACUUGGCAGGCGUUUGAGGGUUAGAGUGACCAGGUCAAGGUUCUUUGAUUUGAUACCGCUAAUUUUGUUUAAACAGUUGUUUUCAUUUAGCACCUCAGACCUUGCUGUAAAUCACACUCAAUCAUAAAUGUUCUCUUCUGUGUAUUGUAUUUUUCAGGAAAUUGACCCUAAAGCUGGUGGAGGCUGCACUAUGACUAUUGGACAGAUGGUCAGGAGUUUCUUGCUAAAGUUGGAAUGGUAUGGAACUUUGUUUCCUCGCAUUCCUGUUCCCGUUCAAAAGGAUAUCGAGAUAAAGCUGCGGGGGAAAGGACUGUGCGAUGACCACAAACGUACCGCGCAAGACGGCUGGGGUGAGGCGGAGGAGUUUGCUCGGCGCGCUCGCGGUGAAAGGUGGGUGAGUUUGCGAGAUAUCAACACAAAUAGCACUGAUAGCAUUGUUUCCUACUGCCAUAGAACUACUGCGAAAUAGUGAUAUUACGUGAACAUUCCAUCGUAGUGCACGUAACUGAAAGAAGGUUGGAUGCAGUUGAAACAGUAGUUCCACUUGUGAUCUUCGCGAUUGCAAAACUUCUGUUUUGUGACUUUUCUACAAAUUAAGGGGAAAAAACUUCUUUUCCGUGUUUGUGUAUCUUGAAAAAGAUAGGGAGUCGAAUAAGCUUUUCCUUCUAGCAGAGUGUGUUGUGUUUAUUUGAUAUGUUACCGGAGAGUGGACAACUUCCUCUACGCAAGUAUAGCUAAUCCUUCUGCUGGCUAUUUUUUCCGCAGCCCCCCAAAGAGUCGACAAGACGAAGAGGAAGAUCUUCAACGAAAAUCACGUCGAAGUCGAAGUCGAAGUCGAAGUCGCGAUCGUGAUCGUGAUCGCGAACGGGAAAAAAGACGAAGUCGAAGUCGCGAUCGUCACAGUUCGCGAAGACGAAGCAAGGAACGCCGAAGUCACGAACGAAGACGCGAUGAAAGUAAAGAACGUGAUAGAAAAAAGAGGCGGAGUCGGAGCCCGAGUAGGCGAAGUAGGGACGACGACAGAAAAAGAAGAAGCCGAAGUCGGGAUAGAAACCGAGAGAAGAGACGAAGUACUGAUCGUGAAGAAUCGCGAGGAAGGAGUAGUAAGGAAGAGAAAAGGAGCCGAGAAAGGUCGCGCAGCAGAUGAAGUACAUGCUAAACUUUUAAUCAAUAUAACUCAUAUGCCCCAUGUUACUGCCAUAUAUUUCCAAAUGUACAGAUCAUGGAAUACCUAAUGCAUGUUUUUAUACUUACUUCGUGGCUAUGUGUAAAUUGCUCCAGUGAUGUGCGCUUGUCGAUCAAAUAUAUUUUUUUUUUUCCAUAACCAUCCCAUGGCUUAUAGGGCGUGGCUUUUUUGAGAGACAUCUCAAGAGGUUUGCAGUUGGCUCCUUGCUGCUAGCUCACUUGAGAUUAACAGAGCCAAGCAGCAGUCGCGAACGCUAUUCAUGGAAGCGUUGAGAUUUUUGGUGCCUUUUUUACGUUUUAGUAUAGAAGAAACUGGCUCUCCGCCUUAUUUAAAUAAUAAUUAAAAACUUUUAUCAGCAGCAUAAUACCGUUUUCUUCGAACUUAGUCUAUUCGUAUUACUCUUUAACUUUUUAAACGACCGUUGUCUUCUGUAUACGUUCAUGGUAAGAAUGUGGGUGGUUUCAAACCUAGUCACAUCCAGGGGUGUUUUCAUUUUCAACUGUAAAGAUGAUCAGAAGAAAGAAAAGGAUCUUUUAGCUGGAUAUUGUUUGAAUUGACACCAGGUACUCCGGGCUAAAAUUCUAAGAAAUAUUUGUUAGACAGUGCAUCGACUUUUAUUAAGGUCGUGGAAGUGAUGGAGGUAAUAAAUUUCGCAGUGAACUGCAUCGAAAUGAUUUCUUCCCUUCUUAACGAACUUACU